AACCCCAACCACUGCAGCCCCCACUACAACCACAACCACUGCAGCCCCCACUACAACUACUACAACUACUUCUGAUCCCAAGGGUCCUAGAUUCAUGCCACUUUCAUUCAGAAUUUUAAUGGACUUCAAUGAAACCCUAAGAGAUGAGAACUCACAGGAUUUCAAAGACUUAAGUGAUAAAGUUACCAGAGCUCUUGAUAGUGUUUACAGAGUGCUGUAUCCUGUUAUUUUCGUCAGAGCAGUGGUUAGAAGAUUCAGUCCAGGAUCAGUCAUCCCAGAAGUAGAUUUGGAAUUCAAAGCUAAUUCCACGACCCCAAACAAUCCGGACAUUGUUAGAACUCUCUACACAGCACUGAAUGGAUCAGGAAAUGUUGGAAACCUAGUAUUGGACAGAACAAGCAUUAAAUCAGACACUGCUGAUGUGAAUACGCUGCCUCCACUCAGGAUUGUUACAGAAUUCCUCCUUAUAGAUGGAUUUACAUCAGGACUGUCCAGUAGCAUAUCUGCAGAAUCCAUUAAACUUAGUGAUAAAAUCAAUAACUGGUUGAAACCUAUCUUUGAAAAAUAUUAUGGUCAAACAAUUGUGAAUUCAGUCUUUGCAAACUUCAGCAACUCUAACAAUUGGAUCCAGACCAAGGUGGAGUAUCAAUUCAGCACACCCAUAAUGGUGAACCCAAGCAAGAUAAUUGAUGAUAUCCUUGCAAGCACAAGUCCUGUAAGCUAUGUGAGAUACACCCUGAAAGUCAAUGAAAAUCAAGCACAAUUUGAUAUGUUCCCGUUUAGUUUGAGAAUACUGAACAAAGACUUCUCUAAUGGCUUAUCUAACAGAGGCUCCAGAGAGUUUAAAGAGCUCAGCACACAAGUCACAACCUCGAUAAAGAAGAUUUUUAGAAAUGAGAAAGGAUUUUCAGAAGUUUAUGUAAUGAAACUCACAAAAGGCUCGGUUGUUGCCAGUACGGAGGUGACCUUCUCCCUGGGAUCCACCUCACUAAACAGGGUGUCUCAGAUCCUACUUAAUGGGGUCCCCUUUCUGGAAACACAAGAUGUGAAAAUAGACCCUACUUCCAUUAGCCCGCCAGUGCCACCUGCUCCCAGACCCUUCCCUGGGUUUGCUGUUGCCAUCAUUGUACUGUGUGGCCUGGCCAUCCUCAUUAUCCCAAUACUCAUUAUUGUGGCCUUGAAGACCAGGCUGUUCAAGAAGCUAGCACAUGCUUUCUCUCUGAGAUCACCAGAUUAUUAUGACUUUUAAAUUUCUCACUCUUUUUGGGUGAUUAAUGUAUAUGCAGUAUCAGAAAGAUGGGACCGGGAAGCAAAAUGAAGACAUCUUUCAUUUAAACCUUUUUUUAAAAGGUUAACGGAAACUGAAAGCAACUGAAUUUCUCAUUUUUUAUAAUAAUAUGCACAGUAAUUAUUUGUUUGUGAUUUAUAUAUCAUGCUUGAAUGGGUAAAUCUACACUCACUUUGUGACCUGUAUCAGAUUAAAAUAUAUUUUUUUUAACCAAGUUUUAUUUUAUCCUUGAAAAACAAACUAAUUUUGGUCUGAAUGGCUUAACGGGUAUAUCAACAAAAGAGAAAGAAAGUGUAAUAAUGAAAGCCACAGUACAACAGGAGAGAGCAGGCCUAUAUGUGAACAUACAUUACCAAUGAUUCCCUCGAAGAGAUAUCUGAGGCAAGGCCAAAUACAACCAAAAUACACAUUUCAAACCUGAAAGGAUUUAAAAGAAAGAAGAUGCCAUUGAAAAUUAAUGUGUAUCCAUUUUAAGCAGUUUGGAAUGGUUCCGGUAGUGGUUGUGUAGAAAGCCUGUUUCUUUUGCUCUUCACACUUCCAGAAUGCACUUUGUUUCUUCAGUCAUGCUGUCUGUCUUCUCUGUUGGGAUUUUGUGUAUGAAAAGAUAUUAUAUAAUUGUUUGGAAGACAGUGUUAGUACAUGAAAUACUUUUGAACAAAAACCAAUAUACCAUAUUUAUGUAUGUAAAUGUAUGAUUUACA